GAUGGGUGUUACAGGAUAGUAGAGAGUUUUACGAAAAUAAACCUUAGUGCAUAAAAAUAACUCCAUAUAUGAUGACCGAGACUCUAAAGCGAAUGAACUAGAACCUCCUAUUGAUUUUUGAAUCCUAUCUAAAAGGCCUGCCUCCUUCACUGUACGAUUCUACCCCAAUAGCGAGUUACAUUCCAAUUUGUGUGUGAGUUUCCUGAGCACUUUUGUAGACCCACAAAAUGCACUGUUCCAGGGGGAAGAGUCAAAUGCACAUGGUGCUUUACCAUUGCUCAUGUUUUUGGAUAUUUGAAUAAAAAGUGUUAAGUUUUAGACAAUGAAAUAAAAAUGGCAUGUGGGUGCUGUUAAAGUUGGUGGUUAAUUAUUCGCACUUGAGUGUGCUCUGGUUAUUUUGGCAUCUAAAGCUGCCUCUCUUCCCAGUUUCCUGUUUCCUGAGUGGGAUUUGGUUUCUGGUGUGGGCUGAUGAAAACGUUCCUGGGGUUGAGAAGCCUCCUUCUCCUUUUUUGUAUGAUAUGGACUUGUGUUGGGGAUUGGUCAGCUGUGCAAGUAUACUGCACCAACUUUUGGUUCUAUGCCGAGAUUAAACCCAUGAUAUUUCACAAUAUGUAUAUGAACCCCGAUAAAACAUUAUUGGGAGACGACUGCCUUGUAACUCACACUUGGGGACCCUACCACAAUAUUUACUAUGAAUUUUUCUACCAUCCUUAUGACUGUGGCAUCAUAACCAAAGAGGAAUGGCUUUUACUUAAAACCCGAGUAUCUUACGGGUCCUCAACAGCCCCAUAAACCAGAGGUCAUUAAGUUUCUAUUCGUGGUAUGUCUAGAUUGAUUUCUCUGAUAGUCACAUUCGGGAUAGAGGAAAUUAAGGAAGGAGAUGCUAAAUACUUUUUGUUGUUGAUGUUGGGCUGUAGGUAUGAACUCUAAUAUGUUCCUCUUAGAUAAAAACUCAGACAGAGCAUGUCAGGAAGUUGACAGGGUUGAGAGGAGAAAAGCAUUUUCCAUGCAUUACAGGUUUGUCAGGCAGCCUCCAGAAAUAGUGAUACAUUACAAUUCAUGAAGUUUAGCCAAGUGCAAUCAUAAGAAGGGAGUAACACUAGGCAAGCAUCAGAAGACUUUUCAAAGUAAGUGUUUAAUGCUUUACCUGCCUCGAGCCCCAUUCACCAGAGAUCUUGGUGUGCCGUAUCUGGCACACUGACAGAUCAAUGACGCAAAUCACUGCUAAAAACAUAAUUGGGAUAUUGAGUUAAUUAAAAAUUUUAACAUCCAGUGAAACUAUACCAUAACAUUACUUAUUUGGUUUGCUAUUCCAAAUGAAAUGUGAAGAAAAGUAAUAGAACUUUGUCCGGUCUAGUUGAAUGUCAUAGAUUGGGUUCCACAGAAAGCAAAAUUUGGGAUGGGGCUUGGAGGAUAUUCAUUAAGAAGUGUAUAUUUUUAUGCGAGUGCCAUACUGUUCUGAUUACUAUAGUUUUGUAGUGGAGUUUGGGUUUCCUCUGAGGAAUUUGUUCCAUAAAUAGCUAUAAAUUCAUUGUGUCUAUGGGAGGAGGUGAGUUCAGGAUCUUCCUGUGUUGCCAUCUGGAACUGGAUGCAGUAUGGUUUGAAAUCAGGACACAUGAUGCCUCCAAGUUUAUUUUUCUCAGGAUUGCUUUGGUUAUUUUGGGUCUAAUACAAAUUUUAGGAUAGUUUUUCAGUUUUUGUGAAAAGUGCCUUUGAGUUUUUGAUAGGGAUUGCAUUGAAUCUGUGGAUGGCUUUGGGUUGUACAGACAUUUUAACAAUAUUAAUUUUUCUGAUCCACGUGUAUGGGAUAUCUUUCCAUUGUUUGUAUCCCCACACAAAAUAUCAAAGUAUUGUGGUAUUCAAGGUACAGA